GGGGAGCCCCGAGCCCGCCGCGCCCAUGGCGAGCAGCAGCGGCGGCGGCGGCGGCAGGUAGGGUCGGGCGGGGCGGGGGCUCGCUCCCCCGGCCAUGGCGCAGACGGAGCCCCCGAAGGCGGUGCAGCUGUGGCGCGACGCCGCCCUUCGCGCACGGAAGCUGCGGGGCGGCCCCGGCGAGCCCGAGCCGGAGCCCGAGCCGGACGCGGGGCCGCCGGGAGGGCCGCCAGCGCCCCCCUCCGCCGCCGUGCCCCGCCGGCCCACCUCGGCGGCGGCCCUGGGGGAGCUGGAAGCGCUGAACCUGAGCGGGCGGGGGCUGGAGGAGCUGCCUGAGGAGGUGGGCGCCGCCCUGAGCGGGCUGCGGGUGCUGAGCUUGCGGCGGAACCGGCUGGGCCGCCUGCCCACCGCCGCCCUCCGCCACCUGGGCCGCCUGGCCGAGCUCGACCUCAGCCACAACCGGCUGCGGGGCUUGGGGGACGGAGGGGCGCUGGCAGAGUUGCGGGGCCUGCGCAAGCUCAGCCUCAGCCACAACGAGCUGGGCGCCGAGGGCCCGGGCUUGCCUCCCCGCCUCGCCGAGCUGAGCCGCCUCGAGGAGCUUGAUCUCAGCUUCAACCGCCUGCGCCACCUGCCCGAGGGCCUGGGCCGCCUGCAGCACCUCCGCACCCUCGACGUCGACCACAACCUGCUGCCGUCCUUCCCCGCCCCGCUGCUGGAGCUGGCCGCCCUGGAGGAGCUCGACUGCUCUGGCAACCGCCACCUCAGGGCCCUGCCCGAGGGCAUCGCUGCCCUCCGACGCCUCAAGAUCCUCUGGCUGAGUGGCACUGGGCUGGCGGCCCUGCCCGAGGGCCUCUGCCAGCUGAGUGCUCUUGAGAGCCUCAUGCUGGAUGGCAACCGGCUGCAGGUGCUGCCCGCUGGCUUCAGCAGCCUGCAGCGGCUCAAGAUGCUGAACCUCUCCUCCAAUCUGCUGGGAGAGUUCCCUGCUGCCAUCUUGGCUCUCCCCAGCCUGGAGGAGCUAUACCUGAGCCGCAACCAGCUCACCCUGCUGCCUCCUGGUCUGUGUCAGCUCCACCAGCUCCGCACACUCUGGCUGGACAAUAACCACAUCCGCUACCUGCCUGACUCCAUCGUGCUCCUCCACAGCCUGGAGGAGCUGGUCCUGCAAGGGAAUCAGAUUGCCAUCCUCCCUGAGGGCUUCGGGCAGCUUUCCCAAGUCACCCUGUGGAAGAUCAAAGACAACCCCCUCAUCCAGCCCCCCUAUGAGGUGUGCAUGAAAGGCAUCCCCUACAUUGCAGCCUACCAGCAGGAGCUGGCCCACUCUCAGCCUGCCCUCAAACCCCGCCUCAAGCUGGUCCUUAUGGGCCUAAAAGAUGCAGGAAAGACCUUGCUGAGACGAUGCCUCAUGGAGGAGGAUGGGCAGAGGGAGGAAGUGGAAAGUCUGGAAGCAGGGAGCACCCAGCCCAGGGGGUUCCCUGGGCAGCAGGACAAUGGAACAUUGCCAGUUGGAUACUGCCCCUUCCUGGAGCCUCAGGAUGCUUCCUCAGUGGGAGUACCUGCCACACAGCAGCUAGAGCAUCUCCCCACUGAAAGACAGGACAUCCCUUCUCACAUGCCCAUUCACCGAGUGAAAGGGGAAAUACCGUGCCCUGCACCAUCACUGCCACCCACUGCCCCCCAACUACCAUCAGGACUGGGGCUGUCAGGAGACAGCAAGGGCAUUGAGGUGAUGGACUGGACAGCAGAUGCGGAGAGGGGCCUGACAUUCAUUGUGUAUGAGCUGGCAGGGGACCCAAGCUAUGAUGUUAUCCAGUCUUUUUUCCUGUCUCCCGGAGCCCUAUAUGUGCUGGUGGUGAAUUUGAGUGCCUACGUCCCUCAGCACUUUUACCCCUCUGUAGGCUAUUUCUUACACUGGCUUGGUUCCAAGGUGCCCCAUGCCGUGGUGUGCAUGGUGGGAACCCAUGCUGACCUCUGUGCGGAGCGGGAGUUGGAAGAGAAGUGCCUGGACAUCCAUCACCAGAUCGCUCAGCAGGAGAAGAGGGAUGCUGAGGGACUCCAGAGCUUGGUCCAGCAGGUGGAUGAAGCUCUGGGACAGGACUUUGACCUGCGCUGCUCCAGCCCGCACGCUGCCUUUUACGGGGUCUCAGACAAGAACUUGCGGCGGAAGAAAGCCCAGUUUCAAUACCUGCUCACCCACCGCCCACAGAUCCUCUCUCCAGUGCUGCCUUUCAGCUGCCGGGACCGCUGUCAGGUGCAUCGCCUGCGGGACAAGCUCCUCUCGGUGGCUGAGCACCGGGAUAUCUUCCCAAACCUGCACCGUGUGUUGCCCAAAUCCUGGCAAGUGCUGGAGGAGCUGCACUUCCAGCCACAAGCUCAGCAACUGUGGCUUAGCUGGUGGGACUCUGCCCGGUUGGGCUUGCAGGCAGGCCUGACAGAGGAUCGACUCCAGAGUGCACUGUCCUACCUGCACGAGAGUGGGAAGCUGCUCUACUUUGAGGAGCACCUCACCUUGCGGGAGUAUGUGUUCCACAACCUGCCACGGCUCAUUGACAUCCUCAACGUCUUCUGCCAGCGGGAUGCUGCUGUGCUGCUCCAAAAACUGCUCGGUGACACCCAGGUAGAUGAACUGAGGGCCACUCAGCUCCAUCAUUAUGUGGAGGGCUUCUUGCUGCACGGUCUCUUGCCUGCCCAUGUUAUCCGUCUCCUUCUUAAGCCCCACGUCCAGAGCCGGGAGGAUCUGCAGCUCAUCCUGGAGCUGCUGGAGAAGAUGGGGCUCUGUUACUGUGUCAACAAACCCAAAUGCAAGCCCUUAAAUGGGGCGGCCGCUUGGUACAAGUUUCCCUGCUACGUGAAAAACGAGGUGCCCCAUGCAGAGGCAUGGAUCAACGGCGCCAGUCUGAGCGGACAGUCCUUCGUGGUCGAGCAGCUGCAGAUAGAAUAUAGCUUUCCAUUCAUUUUCCCACCCGGCUUGUUUGCACGCUACAGUGUCCAGAUUAACAGCCACGUGGUUCAGCGGUCAGAUGGCAAAUACCAGAUCUAUGCCUACCGGGGAAAGGUGCCCGUGGUGGUGAGUUACCGGCCUGCCAGGGGAGCUCUGCAGCCAGAUACUCUAUCUAUUGCUAGUCAUGCAUCCCUACCAAAUAUAUGGACAGCCUGGCAAGCUAUUACCCCUUUAGUGGAAGAACUGAAUGUCCUGCUCCAGGAAUGGCCGGGCCUGUACUACACUGUGCACGUCCUCUGUUCAAAGUGCCUUAAAAGAGGGUCACCCAACCCACACACUUUUCCAGGAGAACUGCUGAGUCAGCCAAGACCAGAGGGACUAACGGAGAUCAUCUGUCCCAAGAACGGCAGCGAGCGAGUUAAUGUUGCCUUGGUUUACCCCCCCACUCCUACUGUGAUCAGCCCUUGUUCCAAGUGA